AUGAACCGGACUCUUCUAGUGCUAUUCUUCUGGGCUUCUCUGAUUGUAUUGGGUAACCAUAUUAUGCUCACAUGUCAUUUCUGGAAUAGAGUUUCAGUACCAACAAGUGAAUCGUUUAACCUCAAAAGCCGGCUUUCGGCCACCGAUCAACACCAUGUGCACCAGCUGAACCAAAUUCGCUCGUACGUCGGAAGCGGAUGGCUCCGCGAAGUUUUCGGCGAAGCUAUCGAGUGGAUUCUUCACAUUUGGGACACAGCGAAGGUCAUCGUCAAAGGUGUCAUCGAAGCGUGGCUGAAAGUGAAAAAGUUUUUCAGCAAUGUUGGAUCAUGGCUGGGUGACGCGUAGUUGGUGUUCGCAGUGGUUAGACAAAACACGUUUCAGGACUGAAACGGCAUCGUCGGAGAGAUCCUGACGCAAGAUUCAGUGAAGACAACAGCGGCAAAUCGAUUAAUGCUCAUAAGCCCCUUCUAGGUCCAGCAGCCAAAAUGAACGAGCUGGUUCGGUUCGGCUCAGUACUAAUAUUCAUUUUUUUCUUCUGUUGAAGAGAUGGAACAAACGAUUGUCUCAACUGGUUUACGCCAAGAUGGAAGACCUGACGGCUGGAGUGGGAUACGAGUACAACGGAAAGAUGUACCGGGCUUUCGAGCACGGAAGUCUCUUCGAAUCAUGCAUGAACGACUUUUUCCCCAUUCUGAGCAGUAUUUUCGAUGCGGUAAGUUAUCAAAGCGACGGAGAAGAAAGACCGACUCUUUUAUUUGCCAGUUAAAAGCAGUCUGGGUCUGUGCACAGUUGUUGUUCUCCAGAGUCACAAACGGAAGUGCCAAAGAAUCGGAAGUUAAGAAUGAAAUAUUUGAAGUAAGGUCCUACAUUUAGCACCAACUUGAAAGGUUCAAAUUACAGUAUCUGUUCGACUAUUAUGAAGAAGUGGGAUGCGGAACGAAUGGAAUCGGCUCGUGGUGUUUGAUCGGACCGCUCAAUGAAAAGUUUAUCUUUCACUGAUCACUGUUUUCUAGACUAUAGUUUCUUUUCACAGAGCUGUCAAACAAAAGGGUUCCAUUGAAAGUUUGCAACUCAUGGAAGAGGGUGAAACGUGUGGGAAGUGCAGCACCAAGUGUACGGAGGGAAUGUGCGAAGCGAGCCCGGACUUUGUGGAUCAGGCACGACUUCGGAAGAUUAUGGAGGGAGAGAUUGAAGUGGAGGAGGUCAUUGUUGAAGAGGUCACUGUUCUGCCGCCGGAGCUCGAGGUCUCCAAUGCUCACAACUUGAACACCAUUGAAUGUUUCAUUUUAUCGCUCUUUUUUGCUAGACACUAG